AUGUACGCAGUGCUGGGCCGAAGACAGGGGAGGGUACUCCAUGGCGACAUGACUCAAGGAUCCGCCUCUUUUACGGUAACUGCAGUCCUUCCGGUUGUCGAGUCUUUUCACUUUGCGCAGGAAAUAAGGAAGUCCACUUCCGGUCUAGCCAGUCCCCAGUUGGUCUUUAGUCACUGGGAGUCUAUCCAUCUGCUUUUUGGCCUUGAAUGUGGUAUUUUCACUACUGUUGAGGCAUUCGUAGUCGCGUUGAGGCUUUCAGAUGGAUUGCUCUGA